UUUAGUUCAUAAAAGACUGAACUUGAUCAUUUAUUUACAUGUGCUGAAUUAUCUGUUCAGAGCCAAUCACCACCGUUCAAAUUCUCAAUUCACGACGUCGCUCUUCCUCCCUCUGCAAAUUCCGACCACCGUGACCUCCAUGCAUGCAUGGCUUCUCUCCUUCCUUCAGUCCCCAACCCUCCCCUCCACCUUCCCCAUUCCAAACCCCAAAACCUCACAAACCUCACGCCCAAACAAUUCUCUCACAACCACUUCUCUUUGCUCUGCAAAGAUGGCCGAAUCCGCGAAGCCGUAGAUUCCCUCUCCGAAAUGCAAUGGCGGAACCUCCAGGCGGGCCCCGACGUUUACGGAACGCUCCUUCAGGGCUGCGUCUACGAGAGAGCCCUACCCCUCGGCAUUCAAAUCCACGCCCACCUCAUAAAAAAAGGUCCUUCCUUCUACCAGAACGAGUUCGUCGAAUCCAAGCUAAUCAUUCUCUACGCCAAAUGCGGCGCCUCCGACGUGGCAACGCGCCUCUUCCGCGAUGCCCAAAGCCAGAACGUCUUCUCCUGGGCGGCCAUUAUCGGGUUGCACACGCGAACGGGCCGUUGCGAAGAAGCGCUUUUGGGUUACAUAGAAAUGCAAAACCAAGGGUUCUUACCCGACAACUUCGUUGUGCCCAAUGUUUUGAAGGCUUGCGGGUUUCUUCGGUGGGUCGGAUUUGGUAAAGGGGUUCACGCGUUCGUCGUGAAGACACCGGGGUUAAGUGAAUGUGUUUAUGUUGCGACUAGUCUUGUGGACAUGUAUGGGAAGUGUGGGGCUUUGGAGGAUGCGGAGAGGGUGUUUGAUGGAAUGGCUGAGAGAAACGACGUUGCUUGGAACUCCAUGAUUGUGACCUACGCGCAAAACGGAAUGAAUGAGGAGGCGAUAGGGAUGUUUCGGGAGAUGAGGUUGCAAGGAGUGGAAGUAACUCCCGUUGCUUUGUCGGGUUUUUUUACGGCAUGUGCGAAUUUGGAGGCCGUUGGAGAAGGACGACAAGGGCAUGGCCUUGCUGUUGUGAGAGGGUUGGAGUUGGAUAACGUUUUGGGGAGUUCAAUUAUGAACUUCUAUUUCAAGGUUGGUUUGGUUGAGGAAGGUGAAGUGGUUUUUGGAGAAAUGGUGAUGAGAGAUAUGGUGGCGUGGAAUUUGGUUGUCUCGGGUUAUGUGCAGUAUGGGAUGGUUGGGAAGGCGCUUGAGAUGUGUGUUAUGAUGAGGGAACAGAAUUUGAGGUUUGACUGUGUUACAUUGUCUUCUUUGUUGGCUGUUGCUGCUGAUACAAGAGAUGUAGGAUUGGGCAUGAAGGCACACGGAUAUUGUGUUAAGAAUGAUUUUGAGUAUGAUGUGGUUGUCUCAAGUGGAAUCAUUGAUAUGUACGCGAAGUGUGGGAAGAUGGAUUGUGCAAGAAGAGUUUUCAGCUCUACCAGAAAGAAGGACAUUGUGUUGUGGAAUACGAUGUUGGCUGCUUGUGCUGAGCAGGGUCUGAGUGGGGAGGCCCUGAAAUUGUUCUUUCAAAUGCAGCUGGAGAGUGUGCCUCCAAAUGUGGUUUCUUGGAAUUCUGUGAUUUUUGGUUUCUUUAAGAAUGGUCAGGUUGCUGAAGCUAGAAAUGUGUUUGCGGAAAUGUGCUCCUCUGGUGUUACGCCUAAUUUGAUCACGUGGACGACGGUGAUGUCUGGUUUGGCCCAGAAUGGUCUUGGUUGUGAUGCUAUGAUGGUUCUCAGGGAGAUGCAGGAUGUGGGAAUCAGACCUAAUAACAUGAGCAUAACUUCUGCGCUCUCAGCCUGCACCAGUAUGGCAUUGUUGAAAUAUGGAAGGGCAAUUCAUGGGUACAUUAUGAGGCAUUAUAUGUUUCAGUCUCUUGAUAUCGCGACUACUAUGAUAGAUAUGUAUGCUAAAUGUGGAGCAUUGAAUGAUGCCAAGUACGUGUUCAGUAUGUGUUCAACAAAGGAGUUGUCUGUGUACAAUGCAAUGAUAUCUGCAUAUGCAUCUCAUGGUCAAGCUAGAGAAGCUCUUGCGCUUUUUAAAAAGUUGGGAAGAAAAAGAAUCGUGCCAGAUCACAUAACCUUUACCAGUGUGUUGUCUGCAUGCAGCCACGGGGGGUUGGUGAAGGAGGGCAUCGAGAUUUUCAAGUAUAUGGUCUCUGAUCUCAAGAUGUCACCGAGUCAGGAACAUUAUGGUUGUUUGAUCAAACUUUUUGCCAACGAUGGCCAGUUAGAUGAAGCUCUUAAGACUAUUUUGACAAUGCCAAGCCAUCCUGAUGCACAUAUAUUAGGAUCUCUGCUUGCGGCGUGUGGACAAAAUCAUGAUAUAGAACUAGCAGAUUAUAUAGCAAAAUGGUUGUUGAAAUUGGACCCGCAUAAUUCAGGGAAUUAUGUGGCUCUUUCAAAUGUAUAUGCAACUGUCGGAAAAUGGGAUGAAGUGUCAAAUAUAAGGAGAUUCAUGAAAGAAAAGGGUCUACGAAAGAUUCCUGGGUGUAGCUGGAUUCAAGUUGGCCAAGAACUACACUAUUUUAUUGCUGGCGAUAGAUCACACCCUAAAACAGAAGAGAUAUAUGUUACAUUGGAUUUGUUGGGAUUCGAAAUUCAUUAAGCAAAAUAAUCCCCUUAUGUACAAUACUGAGCCAGCAUCAUCGUGACUAAUAAUUUAGCAAAAUCACAUUCAGGAAAGAAACUAAUAUCUUCAGCAAAAUCAUUGUAACAAGAAUUAAAAUAAUU